AUGUUGCAACAUCAUCAACACCAGACACAAUCCGCUGGCUAUUAUGACUACAAUCAAACACCAAGUCCCAGCAGCAUGACAAAUGCGGAUGCCUUAAAUACAACUCCAUUCUCAGUCAAGGAUAUACUUAAUAUGGUCAACCAAACAGAGGCCUAUGAAGGCGCCUAUGGACAUCUCGAGAGUGCGACGGCAGCGUCGGCGCUCUAUGGCGCCGCUGAGUAUCAACAUCAUCAGCAUCCGCAUCAGCAACAAGCCAGUCAUCACCAACAGCAACUACAGCAGCAACAUCAACAGCAACAGCAACAUCAACAGCAACAACAGCUUCAGCAGCAACAGCAACAUUUGGUGGAACAUGAAGAGGAUGCAUUGGCCACAUCCUCGUUGUCGCCAUUGCUGCCACCGCCACAUGGUCAUCAUCAGCUGUAUGCCGGCUAUCAUCAGGAUUACGGCAUGUCCGCACACAUGUUCCAGCAUCCACAGAGCUAUCAAACAGCCUACAAUGUGACCGCCUCACAGUUCUAUGCCGGAUCCACGGCCAAUGCCUAUCAGAAUCCAGCGGGUUACAACUACAACUAUGCUGGCACAGGGGAUGUCUACGCUGGCUCCUCGACAAUCCCCACAAUUCCGCCUCCAAUCAGCAUCAAGAGCGAGUACAUACCCACGCCCUAUGUGACGCCCUCGCCCACCCUCGACCUAAACAGCUCCACGGAGGUGGAGGUGCAUGCCUCGGCGCAUAAGCAUCCCGGUAAUGGCAUCUCCCAGAGGCUGCUCGAGAGCAGCAGCAUCAGGACCAUUAAUAAUACGGCCGGGGAAUGCACAAAGCGAAAGGAUAGUCAGGUCACCUCAUCCCGCGCCGAGUUGCGUAAGAACAGCAGCGGGAACAGCAGUGGGAACAACAGCAGUAACAACAACAGCAACAAUGUAUCUGGAAAACCGAGAAUGAAACGCAAACCGCGUGUAUUGUUCUCCCAGGCGCAGGUCCUGGAGCUGGAAUGCCGUUUCCGUCUAAAGAAGUAUCUGACGGGUGCAGAGCGAGAGAUCAUAGCACAGAAAUUGAAUCUGUCGGCAACACAGGUGAAGAUUUGGUUCCAAAAUCGACGUUACAAGUCGAAGCGUGGCGACAUCGAUGGCGAUGGAAUUGUGAAGCAUCAUCUGAAGCUCAAAUCGGAUUCACUGCAAUCGCCAACGGGCAGCUCCUUGCCCCCGCCCCUUCCCAGUCACAUGAUGUGGCCAAAUCCAGCGCAGCAGACACAACAACUGCAAUUGCAGUAGGAACAAUUUUAAUAUCUAAUUUAUUACAAUCUUUACAAUGUUUUACUUUAACGAAAAUGCCUCAUAACUGUAGUACCUUGUUGUAUAUAUUUUUACUAUAUAUUUGGACAAUAAAUAAAGUUUAAGAGCCAAAA